AUGCAGAAGAAGGAAGAUGCCAAGCUGGACCAGGAGAUGCGGCUGAAGGAGGCCUGCACAUUCAGACCUGCCAUCAACCAAAAGUCCGAUGCUUUCGCGAGGCGAUCUCGUGGCUGCCUCGCUGAGCCACUGAAUGAGCGGCUUUACAACGAUGCCGGCCGGAGGUCGAAGCUCAGAGCACAGGCCAAGGAGCUUCUGGAUGCAAACGACCUCUACGAGUGCACGUUCACGCCGCGAAUCAACGCCCAGCGCAACGAAGGCGAGGCGAGGAUCCCCCUGCAUCUUCGAAGCGAGGCGAUCCAACAGACCAAACAGGCACGCACACGAGCAACGCAAGAGGCCCUGAAAAAGCAGUUCCCGUUGUCGUUUCAGCCCACUCUCUCUGCACGGAGCCAUCGGCUGGCAGAACGGCGCAAGCUGGAAGCACGGAGGUCUGCAAGUCAGGAUGCAUUCAGUCCCGGCGAGGCGGCCAGGUGCAUGUCUUCUACUCUGGAUGGUCCGAAAGGGUCCCCAGUCAAGCGGGCAGCCAGCAGCGACAGCACACGAAGGACAUCAUCCCUGCCACAGGCAUUUCUCGAAAGGCAGCAAAGCUACGAGGAGGCACGAAGAUUUCGCAACAGAGUUCGCCUGGAACACGCUGAAGCAGACUUCACCUUCAGGCAGGUGACUGCGUUCUGUCAGAGAACACUGGGCAGUCAACCGUGUAGUUUUGUUGUCCAAUCGGGACGACGGGUCGCCAUAAAGAGGCCUCACAUUGAUUUCUGUCGCAGCUGA